UCUAUCCUGUUCAAAAAUCUGGCAAUCCAAAAGGACACCUCGUGUUCGGGUCACCCCUAUUCAGUACUUGACACGGUGAAUGGAAGAUCGGACCCAGUGCAGGCAUGGACGUACGCCCACCGGUGACCUUUGUGGCCGUUGGUGCCGUAUGGAGGGGGUAUCAUGCAGUGCGGCUUGAAAGGAUAAAAGGGCAGCUGGAAGUCCUUGCCUUCCCGUUUAUCGUUAAACCCGGUCUUGGGGAGAUAAUUGUCCCUCCCCCACCCAAGCCUGUCUACGCCCUUCCCAAAGCGUUCCAACCUGAGCCUUUUUUGGUCACCUUGAUGGAACCAGAGAGAGAUCUCUACCAGAUCAGCGAUCUCGUCAACGACGGCGGGCGCCUUGUCGCAUGGGUUGUGGCUCCCCAGAGAUGGGUUGUCAGGUUUGUGCCCGGACAAGACGCGUACCUUGUCCAAAGCGAAGACUUGGGAUCUGCGUGGACUGCGCCUCCAGUGGACAAGUUUGAGCCGAUCCUCAUUAAGCCCGUUCCAUGGGACGGACAGAAGGAACCCGCUUACCCAACGGAGUUCUUGUUCAGGUUCACCAAACUCUGAUGGUCAGGAAGGAUUGUACUGUGUCGUAUCGCACUAUGUUGAGUAGCAAGGAUGUAUGAGUUGUCGGUGUACUGCUAUCAGAAAAUCCACUGUGUUGUAUCGUGGUUAUUCCUUCAAAUCGUACCUCGUGGAAUGUCGAGC